UCCCUUCACCUCAACCUAGAUAUUUUUUUCUUCCGAGUGCGCUAAGAGGAAGGUAUUAGCCCACUUUGGAUUGUUUGUUAGGAGCUGUUGUAUCCCCUGUGCACUCGCUCGCAGAUAUUGGGAAGAAACGCCUUUCCGGCUUGACCCCAACCUUUCUGACGAUUCCUACCCUAUCUAGGGUAAAAUGUCUGACAACCAUAGCGUUGACGCGAAAGGCAUUCGCAAAUUCCUCGAGCCGUUCGAGGAGGAUGUGUUUGAGAAAUACUUUGACACCAAGCGGUAUUAUAACGAGGAUCCGUCCCCGUCACACACAGACGAUUCCGAGACGUCGGCUCUCUUUACCGAGGGCGGCGCCACUUCAGUGACGGCGCCAACAAGCAUCGGGUCUCCUCCCGAAGGUCCGAGUGCGCCGCAGUGGGCUCGGGACGAGGACGUACAGCUUCCAAACGCAACUCACGUAGGGGAUAAUCACGCCCACUACCUCAUCCUUCCCACAUUUGAGUCAGCCACAGAAAUCCCCAGGCCGCCGACUUUGAUGUCCUUCGCCCCAAACACUCCAGCAAUAGCAACCCCGGGACCUCGGCCAUGGGAUCUAUUCCUCCCGCCCCGGCCCACUCGGAACCUCAGGGACCCGGAGGAGACCGCCAGGAUCCGGGAGCUGACCUCUUGUCGCCGCUGCAAGAUCCUCAAGACCGCAUGCCAGUCGCAGGAUAUUUGCGACCCCUGUAAGAGAUGGGACGACAAAAAUCAUGAGCGCCUCUGUAUCCGGAAGACCCUUGAGUCUACCCUAAUGGGCGCGAGUAUCCAGAGACGGUGGCUCAGUGCCUGGUUGGGGCAUCCUCGUCUCGGUGGCGCCGAUCCAGAACCGAGUGACCAGCUGUACAUCGAUGUGAUAUUCUCAGAAGCGGAUCCAAAGCCGCUUCGCGUGUACGUAUGCCCUUAUGUUCUCGGCCAGGGACAGUGUGUCUUAGGGGUUGCACCAAAUCGCUCUCCGUCUGCAGAAGAGCUCCAUGAAUGGGCUGCAUUCCAGCUCAAGAGGAGAGCUGAGGACGACUUUCGAGGCGUCAUUGAUUCGUUCCUCGUCCUCUAUGCGAGGUCCGGAUAUCCAGAGAAGAACCCCUUAGUUGAGAAUGUCGCCAAGAAUGUCGUGAAGAUGAGUGCUAUGUGGCAUAUCUUGAAUGCCAAGAUGCUGUAUUGCCGCCACGACCUGUUUCCCCCGAGGGUCAUUAUAGCCCCUGAGGCCGUCCAGGUUCAUAUCCAACGACUUGCGCAGCAGAUGAUGACUUCUCUUGAGCACAAAAUUUUGAGGAACAUUGACGAUCUCGUCCCGGACACAGCCAAGAACUUCGCAGACAGGCCGGUAAUUUGGAGCAUAUUAUGGGGUGUGAUCUUAAUCUACCGCCAGUCCUUGGACGAAUGCCAACGAGCUAAGGACAAGCCCAGCAGCUGGGAGACCUCGGAAGCUUGUCAGGACCGGGAAGACUUUAUAAAUGUCACGAGCCAGCUGUUGGAUUCCCUUAUCGUCACAUACUCGUCGCGUUUCAGGACCAGAGGUGUUCAAGACACCCUCAAUUCGUCGGACAAGACUUUCCCGCACCAGUUUGCAGUGCGAGAGGCGUUCGAAGCGGCCCGUAAAGUCAAGUCUCAAUUUUACGACCAAGUUAGCAAACGGGAGCAGGAUCAUGACAACCUCAUUAUGAAACAUGUCAUUGAGCCUGAAAGGCAGGUCAUGAAGAGAGGGUAUCGCAGAGCGAAGCCCCGAUAGACGCUAUAAAUGGUGUUGUGAUGGGGUGAUGAGAGGGGCGAGGGAUGGAUGAUGAGACGAACAUACUUUUUUUUCCAUAUUUUCUUCGGGGUAUUCCUUCCUCUUUUCUCUGUUUCUUCUCGCCAUCUGGGUUCAUUGCAUAUGCCUCGAGCCAGAGAGAUUGGAUAUUCGCUGGCGUUAGAGACCACUGGCAACAGAAAGCUUUGGCGGCUCACCUCGUGCGCAGAGCAGUAAUUUCAUUCUCCUACGAGUUCUGAGAGGCUUGGGCUUCUCUGGAUUUCCCCUUUAAGGUACGAGUCGAUAGAUUAUAUCCCGUGGCAUGGCGUCGCGAGAGCCAUCUUCUAGAAUCAUACCCUCGGCACCUCCUUGAUUUGGAUAACGGCGCUUUUACCGUUCUUCUUCUCGAGCUUUUGGGGCUUGCUUAUGUUCUUGAACAAGCCCUCCAAGCCAUUGAGGUCCAUCCCUUUGACCGCUUUGGAGCUGACAAAGACCACAAGGC